GCACCAACAAAAACAACACAAGAUAUCUCAGCCGAGCAAGUGAUGGAGACAAAAGUUGCAGAGCAGGCAGUGGAGGAGCAACAGGGGAAGAAGAAGAUGAGGGUGAUGGUGGCCAUAGACGAGAGUGAGUGGAGCUUCUACGCGCUCAAGUGGGCGCUUGACCAUCUUUUUGUGGGGCCUAAUGACAAGGCCGGUGUGGCGGCGACCCGGGAAGCACCUGCGGUGAGCCAAGAGAAUGUGAGCAUGGCGACUUUGGUCCACGUUAUGCCGCCGUUCUAUAACUACGUCCUCCCGGCUGGGCCCGGUGGAGCUGCAUAUUAUGUGACGCCGGCUCUGUUGGAAUCUGUGCGCAAGGCGCAAGAAGACGGUGCUGCCGAUGUACUCUCCCGCGCUUUGGAGAUAUGCAAGGAUAAGAUGAUCAAAGCAGAAACCCUAAUUCUACGUGGAGAUCCGAAGGACAUGAUUUGCGAAGCCACUGAGCAGAGCCAUGUGGAUCUUCUGGUUGUAGGUAGCCGUGGCCUUGGCAUGGUCAAGAGAGCAUUCUUAGGAAGCGUGAGUAGCUACUGUGCACAUCAUGCAAAAUGCCCAGUUGUAAUUGUGAAGCCACCCAAGGAGUCUGGAAAGCAGUAGGCUUUUAUAUAUGAAAAUGAAAUGUAUCAAUAAAUAACAGAUGGUGUGAAUUGAAAACGUUCCUUUUCAUGUAAUCAUUACAAAUGCUUAUGUAGAAAACGCUUUUGCUCCCGUUUGGGAGUGCUUAUCUAGAAGCACUUCUUCUCUAGAACCACUUUUAUUAUAAGCACAAUAAAAAUUGGGAGCUGAUUUCUC